AUGAAUAGAAUUUUUUUUUGCAGUGGUAUUACUGUAUUUGGUACCAGCAGUAAGUUAUUCUUUAAAAACCAUAUUUCAUUAUCCUCGUCAUUAUCACCAAUUAAAAGGGCCACCAGAUCACAUAGAAUUGUUAAUGCCAACAUCUCUUUGAAAAGAAGUUACAAUCAAUGCGCCAACAAUAGUUCCAAAUUCAAGUAUAAUAAAAAUCAAAAAUCAAACUAUUCUUCGUCUUCCAGCAAUAGCACCAACAACACCAAAAAAAAUAGCAAAUUGAGAGAACUAAUGAAGAAAUACGGGUUUAGUGCAUUAGGUGUGUAUUUGACGUUAUCCCUAAUUGAUUUACCUAUUUGUUUCUACAUGGUGCAUUCAAUGGGUGAAGAAAGGAUUAAGCUUGCUUUAAAUUCAAUUAAAAACCUUGUUGGGUUGGGCAUGGAUGAAGAAGAGUUGAAAACACAAAUUAGAAUUAAACAGGAACAAAGACAAAGAGAGCAGGAUGGUAACGCUACCAAUAAUAGUCAUGGUCUAUCUUGGUACUGGGAAUACCUAAAAGAAAGUAACAUACUAACUGAAUUUCUGAUUGCAUACGGGAUUCAUAAAAGCUUGAUUUUUAUUAGAUUGCCAAUUACAGCCGCCAUUACCCCAUCAAUAGUUAAAUACUUACAAAGACUGGGUUUUAACAUUGGUAAGAAAGGUGGCAAUGUUCUGAACGGGGUUACUGGUGAAAACUUCAAUAAGUUUGUUCAGUCUAAUGGUUCAAAUAAGUACUCUAUAAAGAAAAAUACCAAGGAUAAGAAAUGGUUUAAUGGGAUAAUGUGA